CUGCACACAGCUGGAGCUACGAUCAUCACUUCUCAGCUGAUCCGAGGCAGCUUUCACUGUCUCAACAACUUUUCUUCAUCUGUUCACGUCGGCAUCAAGUUCUAAGGUUUGAAGACUCAUAAAUAACAUUUCCGGAGCUGAAGGUUGAACUCUGAUCAGCUGAAAUCCCUCCGUUGUGGACUGAACAGAGCAGAGAAAUGAAGGAGCACAUGAUGAAAAUUGUGAUCGUCGGCGAUGCGGCAGUAGGGAAAACGUCGUUCAUACAUCGAUACGUCAGCGAACAGUUCAGCCCGACGUACAAGCCGACAGUGGGAGUGGAUUUUUUGAUGAAGGUGCUGCAGUGGUCAGACAAAGAGACAGUCAGACUGCAAAUCUGGGACCUAUCAGGCGAGGAUCGUUUCAUUCCCGUAAACAGGGUCUUCUACCGGGGGGCGCUGGGCUGCGUGCUGAUGUUUGACGUCACCAACCCGUCCAGCUUCCUCAGGUGUCUCCAGCGGAAGCAGGACCUGGACAACGAGGCCACGCUGCCCAGCGGAGCUCCCAUCCCCUGCAUCCUGCUGGCCAACAAGUGUGACCUUCCUGAGCGGGUGGUGACAGCAGACAGCAUCGCCGAGUUCAGCAAGAACAACGGCUUCUUCGCCUGGAUGGAGACCUCAGUCAGAGACAACAGGAACGUUGAUGAAGCCAUGAGGAGGUUGGUGCAGGAGAUCCUGUCAGUUCAGGCCCGUGAGGACCAGCUGCUGUCCAGAAAGGAAAACAUCGUCGAUCUUCAGUCUGGCAACGCCACAAAGCGACGGAGCUGCUGCUGACGACUUCCUCUGAUGACUCCAGCUCAGUCAUGACAACCAGUUCUCUCCUCAUCAGUUACUUUGUGCCUCCAGACAUCCGCCCUCUCUAUGGACAUUCCUAACCGACUCCUCUCAGUGUGGAGGAGCAGCGGCUCUACUCCGAGCUCCACCCUGGAGACGUAGCUCCUCCCCGUCUCUCAGGGAGCGUCCCGCCACCCGACGGAGGAAACUCAUUUCAGUUUCAGCUGCUUGGUAAACCCCAUUCAUUGAUUUUAUGCCACAAAGACUAUGAAGUCAGUAAACAACUAAAUACAAUCGAGGAGACUUUUCAAAACUCCAACAGGGCAAUUUUCUAUUUAUUAUUGUCUUUGUUUUUUUCAUUAAAUAAAAUGCAACAAAUUUAUAAAUUUAGUCCUCAAAUGACUGAAAAACGUCUGAGCAUAAUACCACUGCUCUUG